UCUUUUGAAUAUAGUGAAUGGAACAUUACGAACUUGAGUCGACCAUUAAAAAUCAUCGGUAUAUACCGACCACCUUACUCUUAAGCCCAUCCCGUAACUCCUAAUGUCUUCUUCGAGGAAUUCUCUGCCUACCUGGAAAAUAUUGUCAUGUGCCCCGAUGUUCUACUCAUUUCCGGUGAUUUCAAUUUUCAUCUCGACAUUCAUACUGACACUGAUGCUCGUAAAUUCUCGGCUUUACUGGAAACUUUUGGCCUUAUUCAACAUGUUACUACACCUACGCAUAUAUCUGGUCAUAUCUUAGAUCUUAUUGUGACCCGAUCAUGUCAUGAUGUGCUUCUACAAACUCCUCAAGCUACGCUCUCUAUCUCCGAUCACUCCUUCAUUGAAACUACUAUCGCCUUUCCUCGCCCUGAACUUUCGAUAAAAGAAAUCAGCUUUCGUCAGUACAAGAAAAUCGACGUUGAGACUUUCAAGAACAACAUUCUUGAAUCUGAGUUACAUCAUGAUCCUCCAUCUGACCUUUUAAACUUGGCUAAGACCUAUGACAAAGUACUUACAGAUAUUUUAGACAUGAAUGCUCCCUUGCUGCACAAAACUGUUACUGUGAGGCCUAAGGUCCCGUGGUUUAAUCAAGAAUUGAAGGACUUGAAAGCUAAGCGAAGGAGAUUUGAGAAGAAAAUGUUGCGAAGUCAUCUGGAAUCUGACAAAGAUGCCUAUCGCGAAAUAUGCAACAAGUAUACAAAGCUACUCCACGACUCUAAACAUCUUUACUACACUGAAGAGAUUAAUCAAUGCUCUGGCGAUUCCCGUAAGCUAUUUCAGGUUGUCUCCUCGUUGUGUAAUAGGAAGCAAGAAUGUCCGUUACCACCUCAUAAGGACAGUGAAACACUCGCCAACGACUUCGGUGAUUUCUUUUGCCGCAAAAUUGAUCUGCUAAGAGAAGAAAUUGACAACGUUCAUAUAACACCUCCACAAAUUCAUUGUCAUCCACCUGAAAUUCAACUUCGUUCAUUCUCUACUGUUACUGAAAGGGAUGUUCGUGGUGUCAUCAUGACCUCCUCUAGUGCUUCUUCUAAACUUGAUCCAAUUCCUACAUGGUUGCUCAAGUUAUGCAUUGAUGAACUUCUCCCAGUAAUAACUGAAAUGGUAAAUCUCUCCAUCCGUGGUGGACUUGUUCCUCCUGAUUGGAAGUGCGCUCUUGUCAAACCACUUUUAAAAAAACCUGAUCUUGAUCCUGUUCUCAACAACUUUCGACCUGUCAGUAAUCUAUCCUUCAUUUCAAAGUGUGCUGAAAAACUUGUACUUCAACAACUAUUAUCGCACUGCUCUGAGAAUGCACCAUUACCCAACAACCAAUCUGCCUAUCGGAAAUUCCACUCUACCGAAACCUGUCUACUUAAGGUCUAUAACGACAUCUUGUUGAGCAUGGAUCGACGAGAGGUUACUCUUCUCGUAUUACUUGACUUAAGUUCUGCAUUUGAUACUAUCGAUCAUGAAUUACUACUUAAUUUACUUGAAUCUGAUUUCGGUGUUACUGAUGAUGCUCUUCAGUGGGUCCGUUCCUUUUUAUCUGAAAGACAACAGCGAGUGGUUAUUGGUAAAUCUGGCUCUAAAGACUACCAAAUGAAAUAUGGAGUCCCACAAGGAAGUUGUAUUGGUCCAAUCCUGUUUCUGCUGUAUACCUCACGACUUUUUAAACUUAUGGAAAAACAUCUACCUGACAUGCAAGGCUACGCGGAUGACACUCAACUUUACAUAUCCUUCCGACCGUCAUCUUCUGAUGAUAUUGAUAGGGCACUAUCUGCUUUGAGUGCUGCUGUUGCCGAUGUUCGCGCUUGGCUUACUUUUCACAAACUGAAAUUCAAUGACAACAAAACAGAGUUUAUCAUCAUUGGUACUCGCCAACAGCUUGCUAAAGUGGAUAUACCUUCUUUAAGAUUGGGAUCAGCCGACAUCACACCUUUAACUAGUAUCAGAAAUCUUGGCAUGUGGUUUGAUGAACAUUUGUCUAUGAGUGAUCAUGUCAGCAAGACCUGCAGUAAAGCCUUUAGAGGACUUUACAACAUCAGACAAAUUAGAAAAUUUCUUACUACAGAUACAACUAAGAUCUUAAUCCAUGCCUUUGUUACAUCACACCUGGACUAUUGCAACUCAUUACUGUUUGGUAUUCCUACUUAUCAACUAGAACGUCUUCAAAAAGUCCUCAAUGCAGCUGCACGAGUUGUGUAUUAUAUUCCUAAAUUUGACCAUAUUACUCCAUCUCUGAUAAAUCUUCACUGUAUUUCUUCACUAUCACCACCAGGAUAUUUAUUUCAUAAUUCUCCUCGACUUUCGCAGCGCAUUGCAGGUGGCAUCGGACUAUUGCACAGAGAUAAUCUUCAGUCUUCCCAUCUUGAUUCUGGAGAGACACGAUCUUUUGAAUAUAGUGAAUGGAACAUUACGAACUUGAGUCGACCAUUAAAAAUCAUCGGUAUAUACCGACCACCUUACUCUGAAGCCCAUCCCGUAACUCCUAAUGUCUUCUUCGAGGAAUUCUCUGCCUACCUGGAAAAUAUUGUCAUGUGCCCCGAUGUUCUACUCAUUUCCGGUGAUUUCAAUUUUCAUCUCGACAUUCAUACUGACACUGAUGCUCGUAAAUUCUCGGCUUUACUGGAAACUUUUGGCCUUAUUCAACAUGUUACUACACCUACGCAUAUAUCUGGUCAUAUCUUAGAUCUUAUUGUGACCCGAUCAUGUCAUGAUGUGCUUCUACAAACUCCUCAAGCUACGCUCUCUAUCUCCGAUCACUCCUUCAUUGAAACUACUAUCGCCUUUCCUCGCCCUGAACUUUCGAUAAAAGAAAUCAGCUUUCGUCAGUACAAGAAAAUCGACGUUGAGACUUUCAAGAACAACAUUCUUGAAUCUGAGUUACAUCAUGAUCCUCCAUCUGACCUUUUAAACUUGGCUAAGACCUAUGACAAAGUACUUACAGAUAUUUUAGACAUGAAUGCUCCCUUGCUGCACAAAACUGUUACUGUUGUCUCCUCGUUGUGUAAUAGGAAGCAAGAAUGUCCGUUACCACCUCAUAAGGACAGUGAAACACUCGCCAAUGACUUCGGUGAUUUCUUUUGCCGCAAAAUUGAUCUGCUAAGAGAAGAAAUUGACAACGUUCAUAUAACACCUCCACAAAUUCAUUGUCAUCCACCUGAAAUUCAACUUCGUUCAUUCUCUACUGUUACUGAAAGGGAUGUUCGUGGUGUCAUCAUGACCUCCUCUAGUGCUUCUUCUAAACUUGAUCCAUUUCCUACAUGGUUGCUYAAGUUAUGCAUUGAUGAACUUCUCCCAGUAAUAACUGAAAUGGUAAAUCUCUCCAUCCGUGGUGGACUUGUUCCUCCUGAUUGGAAGUGCGCUCUUGUCAAACCACUUUUAAAAAAACCUGAUCUUGAUCCUGUUCUCAACAACUUUCGACCUGUCAGUAAUCUAUCCUUCAUUUCAAAGUGUGCUGAAAAACUUGUACUUCAACAACUAUUAUCGCACUGCUCUGAGAAUGCACCAUUACCCAACAACCAAUCUGCMUAUCGGAAAUUCCACUCUACCGAAACCGGUCUAUUUAAGGUCUAUAACGACAUCUUGUUGAGCAUGGAUCGACGAGAGGUUACUCUUCUCGUAUUACUUGACUUAAGUGCUGCAUUUGAUACUAUCGAUCAUGAAUUACUACUUAAUUUACUUGAAUCUGAUUUCGGUGCUACUGAUGAUGCUCUUCAGUGGGUCCGUUCCUUUUUAUCUGAAAGACAACAGCGAGUGGUUAUUGGUAAAUCUGGCUCUAAAGACUACCAAAUGAAAUAUGGAGUCCCACAAGGAAGUUGUAUUGGUCCAAUCCUGUUUCUGCUGUAUACCUCACGACUUUUUAAACUUAUGGAAAAACAUCUACCUGACAUGCAAGGCUACGCGGAUGACACUCAACUUUACAUAUCCUUCCGACCGUCAUCUUCCGAGGAUAUUGAUAGGGCACUAUCUGCUUUUGAGUGCUGCUGUUGCCGAUGUUCGCGCUUGGCUUACUUUUCACAAACUGAAAUUCAAUGA